CACCUCAGUUUCAACCCAAGCGCUAUACAUUUCUAGAAGAAUAUACAGGCCACAAUCAUGGACGCUCUCAAGGCAGAAAUCGCGUCGAAACGCAAGGCUCUCGAUGAAGUCCCAGUUCGGCCAAACAAAUACAUGCGGAGAGGGGAUCUCGAGCGUCUCAACAAAGAGGAAGAGGAACGUAAAGCUCGAGAGAAACAGGCAGCAGAACGGGAGCGUCUUGAGAAGGAGAAGGCUGAACAGGCUACUGCCUCUGCAUCCAAGUCUAAACCGGGACAAGCAUCCAAAGCUUCUACUCGCUCGUUGACAGCCUCACCGCACCCAGACGGCUUUCGUGGUCCGUCAAACUCACCACAGCCUGAAGCAGCAGCCGCAGCUUUCAACAUCUCAAACGAAGAGACCGUCCGUCGUCUCCGCGCCAAGAGCCAACCUAUUCGCCUCUUCGGCGAAUCUGACAAAGAACGCCGUCUUCGUCUCCGUGCGCUCGAACUUAUCGAAGAAAAAGGACAUGACAAAGCUGGUGGCAAUGACUUCAGGAAGGCAUUGGAAGACGUCGAGAAGUCAGAGAGAGAGCUUAAGGCCACUGAGGGAGGUGGUGAUAGUGGAAAGGGUAAAAAGAAGGGCUCGGGAGUAGACAGUGGGGAGAGCGUGUUGGACCUGGAGCUACUGAAAACAGAUCCGGAUAGGCUGUACCCCAUCAUAUACUAUGCUCUGAAGAGGGCAUUAAAGGAGUGGGAAGAGAGUCUCACAGACCGGCCAGACAAUAUCAAACGUUCGACGCAGGGCAAGCUUGCUGCCGCCACACAGGUUCAGUCUGCCGAAUAUCUCAAACCUUUGUUCAAACUCAUUCGGUCAAGAUCAUUACCACCAGACAUGCUCGCCCGCAUCUCUGAGAUUGUUCACCACAUGCAAAAACGCCAAUACCAAAGAGCGAAUGACUCUUACCUCCGACUCUCAAUCGGUAACGCCCCAUGGCCAAUUGGUGUCACCAUGGUUGGUAUCCACGAACGUUCUGCCCGCGAGAAGAUCUCGUCGGAUCAAGUCGCCCAUGUACUGAACGACGAAGUCAGCCGAAAAUAUAUCCAGAGUUUGAAACGGCUCUUGACAUUCGCACAGACCAAGUACCCACCAGAGGACGUUUCGCAGCUGAUGGGCUGAAGCUCUCGAUCUGCUUUCUGUCGCAUUUUCGCCGUUGGUUUUGAGGAUUUAUCUGUGCGUUUCGUCUGCUUAUGAUUCGGCGCCGUCUGUAAUUCUAUUUUGUCUCCUCAUCUGGUCAAUUAUGGUCACCGGUCAACUGGACGGAUUAC